AUGAUGGCUGGCAGCUUGUGGAGAACAUUGCCAACUUCGAAUGGGAGCUAUGGAGAAGAGUAUGAUCGCACAAACCACAACUCGACCUCGCACUCGAUCGAGUCUGAUGAUAAGCUCAGGAAGGAAGUCAAGGCUUUGAAUGAGAAGCUGGACAAGCAUAUCUUAGCUCAAUCCACAAUGAAGAAGGUCAACUUUGUGUCUGCUGAAGAGAUGGUUCAUGUUCAAGAAGGGGAGGAUACCCAAUUUGCUGAACUCGAUCGAGUUGAAGCUUGGCCGGUCGAGUUGAGGAACUCGACCGGAUGGUCGAGUAGGUGGUCGAGCUGGCUUCAAGAUGGCUUCCUCCUUCAUCCUUUGCGUAUCCGGUUGAGCUGCGUCCAUGCACCAAGUCCUUCCUUGCUCCUUACGUCCCAUAUGCUCCAAAGUGCUCCAAAAGACCUAUUUCAAGGAUCAAACAUGCAUAUGUAUGCAAAUGCAACCUAA